UAGCCUUUGGCCACUGUGUAAUGCACUGAAAUACUACUAGUUAAUUAAUUAAGAUGAAUCUUCAUCGAAUGCUUGGAUGUUCGUCGCUUAUAAAUUGCCAUGCAUUUUCUCCCAUUCAUCUGCACAGCCAAAACACUUGAAUUUCCUCGCUUAGUAAUAAUUAAGUAGUAUUCCUUGAGGAUCAAGAUGAAUAUUCCAAGUGCCAAAAAACGUUUCACUUCUUGCUUCUUCUUCUUCUUCCUGUUAUUCCUUUCCUCUUUUGUUCAUGGUCAACUUGAUUACAGGUUUUACGACAAUUCCUGUCCCAACUUAACCAGGAUUGUUAGAUACGUUGUGUGGUCUGCCAUCUCCAAUGACACUCGAAUGGCCGCCUCUCUCCUUCGCCUUCACUUCCACGACUGCUUUGUUGAUGGGUGCGAGGGAUCGGUGCUACUGGACGAUACCAGCACAAUGACUGGGGAAAAAACUGCGUUUCCCAAUAAAAAUUCAGUGAGAGGGUUCGAGGUCAUUGAUGCAAUCAAGGCUAAUGUGGAGAAGUACUGCCCCGGCACUGUUUCUUGCACUGAUAUUCUAGCUCUGGCUGCUAGAGAAGCCGUAUACAUGGUAGGAGGUCCGUAUUGGCCAGUAUACUUGGGCAGGCGAGACGGGUUGACUGCAAAACAAAACUCCGCCAACACGCAGCUUCCUUCACCAUUCGAGCCAUUACAAAACAUCACGGCCAAGUUCACAUCCAAAGGACUCGACGUCAAAGACGUCGUGGUCCUUUCCGGCGGGCACACCAUCGGCUUCGCACAAUGUUUCACCUUCAAACCGAGGCUCUUCAAUUUCGACGGAGCUGGAAACCCCGACCCGACACUGGACGCGACGUUCCUAACCAACUUGCGGACCUUGUGCCCGAAUCAAGACGGGUCGGACACCAAAUUGGCUCCCCUGGAUGCCAACUCAAUCAACCGGUUCGACAACUUUUAUUACAAGAAUCUGGUUAACAACACCGGGUUGUUGAUGUCGGAUCAAGCUCUCAUGGGUGACGAUACGACGGCGUCCAUGGUGUAUUACUACAGCAAGCAGCCGUACUUGUUCUACAAGGAUUUUUCAGCCUCCAUGGUGAAGAUGGGGAAUAUUGGAGUUUUGACCGGAAACGAUGGAGAAAUUAGGAAGAAUUGUAGGGUCAGGAACUCCUACAACUACUAAAAAGGCUAGUUUUUACAUUACGUGUGUGUUAACUGUUAAUUGUUGCAUUGCAUGUUGUUCGUGUGUGUGUGUGUGUGAAUUAAGCAUAUCAUCGUGGCGUGUCCAUUAUAGUUAUAUUAUUAUUAUGUAUCGGUAGUUCCUAGUUAUCUGCUAGCAUAAAAAAUAAUGCAUCAUGUAGAAUUGGGAUCCAAGAAUGAAUGUUGUUGUAUUUUGCGUAUUAUGUGUAUCGGUUGCAGUGAUAUAUCAUAAUGUGUCAGAUCAAGCUGCAAUGGAAAGAGUAUCAACAAACACUAGUGAGCGUUAGUUAUUACACAUACUGCGUAAUAGACUAUUAAAUUAUACUCUUUUGUCUCAAAAUUAUUAUCACAAACUGCACAAUAAUUAUGGAACGGAGGGAGUAUUUCUAUUUUUAUAAGUAAUAGUGCAGAAUUCAAAUACAAAAUAUCAUGAUGGUUGGAUGG